CGCCGCCGCCGCGGCCGGCCCGGCCCGCUCCAAUCGCGCCCUCCUUCCCCCCGCGGCCGCCGCCCGCCCGCCUGCGGCACCGGCGCCGCCUUCUCUUCUUCUCACCCUCCCUCCCGGCUCCCGCCGCCACGCCGGCGCGGGGCUUGGGCGGAGCGUGCAGGCCGCGGCCCCGCCGGUGGCGAGCGGGCUGACAGGGGCCUCCCGGCCGCCAGAGGCUGGGGGCUCGGCCGCCGCCGCCACCCUUUGUGUGGGCCUCGCCGGGGCGGGCAGGAACCCCCUACCCCAGCCCAGCGCGGGGCCUCUAGCAGCGCGGCGGCGGGGCAGGCCCCGGGGCACCGUCAGCGCGCCGGUGCGCAGGCCGGCGGGGCCGCGGGAGCCGUCCCAUGGGGAGAGGCGAGCGGCGGGACGGGCCUGGCCGCGGGCUGCGGCGGCGGCCGCUGGCCUCCGAGCUCCCCGGCCGCCCCCGCGGCCCCCGGGCCCGCCGCGCCGCUCCCUGAGGCGGCCUCGGCCUUGGCCCGGCGGUGGGAGGCCGAGCGGGCCGCACCAUGCCGGAGCAGGCCGUGCAGCGGGCCGCUGCUCCAGUUUGAAAGUACCUCUGCGCUCCCGUCUGCUCUCCUGGAAUGGUUGUCGCUUCCCACCUCCCACGGAGGGAUGAGUUAGGCUCGGAGCUGGCGCCAGCUCGGGUACCCGUGCAGAGCCCUCGAGAGCUGUUCCCUGGGCUGUUUCCCUCACCCUUCCCAAAUGUGAGCGCAUCGCAGCCAGCACAGAGAAGGACCUCCUCUUGUCUUGCUUCUGCCUCCUGUUCUUUUGUUGGAAAAAGCCAAAUCAGAUCAGUCCACAAAGAACUUGCGCUGCUCCAAGUGGGAGGCUCUGGAAUCUCAGUCACUUCUUUGCUUCACUGGAUCCUGGCUGUCGGCUGGAUCUUCUGUCCUUGACUUCAGCAGAUCCGCUACGAGGAAUCAGGAUCUUGGAUACUUUCAAUUUUUGUUUUUGCUUGAACCUUCUCCACCAAGAAGCUGAAGCUGUCCCUGCUGAAAUCCCGUGCUUUUCCCCAAGCAUGUCAGAAAGUUGGCAGCAGCAACAGCAGCAACCACCGCAGCCACCGCAGCAGCACCACGCUGGGGCAGCCGCCCUCACAGAGCACUCCAUCCCGCCCAGCACUGACAGCUCCUUGGGCUGUGCUGUCUAUGGCAUUCUGCUCCAGCCAGACCCUGGUCUGCAGCACGCUCAGCACGCCUCCCUCCAGGUUGGAGACCUGUCCCACAAAUGUGGGGUGUGUGGCCACGACCUCACUCACCUCUCCAACCCGCAUGAGCACCAGUGCUUGCCAGGCCAUGAUCGCUCUUUCCAGUGUACCCAGUGCCUGAAGGUCUUCCACCAGGCCACUGACCUCCUCGAACACCAGUGCAUCCAGGUGGAGCAGAAGCCCUUUGUGUGCGGUGUCUGCAAGAUGGGCUUCUCCCUCCUGACCUCGCUGGCGCAGCACCACAAUGUCCACAACAGCAAUGCCAUGAAGUGCUCUAUCUGUGAGAAAACCUACAAGCCCCCCGAGGCAGAGCAUCUGCAGCCUCUCGACACCUCGGAGAAGCCCUACAGCUGCUCCAUCUGUCAGAAAACCUUCAAGCACCUCUCGGAGCUGUCUCGGCACGAGCGCAUCCACACAGGCGAGAAGCCCUACAAGUGCACACUGUGCGACAAGAGCUUCAGCCAGUCAUCCCACCUGGUGCACCACAAGCGGACGCACAGCUCGGAGCGGCCCUACAAGUGCACAGUGUGUGAGAAGACCUUCAAGCACCGCUCCCACCUGGUGCGCCACAUGUACGCACACUCCGGAGAGCACCUCUUCAAGUGCAACGUCUGCGAGCUGCACUUCAAGGAGUCAUCGCAGCUGCUGCAGCACCCCUGCACGCCCAUCGGGGAGCGGCCCUUCCGCUGUGGUGAGUGCCAGAAGGCUUUCAAGCGCCCGUCCGACCUGCGGCAGCAUGAGCGCACGCACAGCGAGGAGCGGCCCUUCAAAUGUGACCUGUGCCAGAUGAGCUUCAAGCAGCAGUACGCGCUGAUGCGCCACCGCCGCACGCACAAGGCUGAGGAGCUCUUCAAGUGCAACCUGUGCGAGAAGGGCUUUGUGCAGCCCUCGCACUUGGUGUACCACCAGCAUGUGCACGGCAUAGAAAACCUCUUCAAGUGCAACGUGUGCCAGAAGGGCUUCAACCAGUCCUCGGAGCUGCUGCGGCACAAGUGCGUGCAGAACGCGGAGCGUCCCUUCAAGUGUGGCAUAUGCAACAAGUCCUACAAGCGGGCCUCAGCGCUGCAGAAGCACCAGCUGGCCCACUGCUCUGAGAAGCCCCUCAAGUGCACGCUCUGCGAGAGACGUUUCUUCUCCUCCUCCGAGUUUGUGCAGCACUGCUGCGACCCAGCCCGCGAGAAGCCCCUCAAGUGCCCUGACUGUGACAAACGGUUCAAGUACGCCUCGGACCUGCAGCGCCACCGGCGUGUGCACACCGGCGAGAAGCCCUACAAGUGCCCCUCCUGUGAGAAGGCCUUCAAGCAGCGCGAGCACCUCAACAAGCACCACAGCGUGCAUGCUCGGGAGCAGCAGUACAAGUGCAUGUGGUGUGGGGAGCGGUUCCUGGACUUGGGCCUGCUGCAGGAGCACAGCGUCCAGCACACAGCCGAGGGCGCCUACCAGGUGGCUGCCUGCCUGUCAUGAGUCUCCCACCCCUCGGUGGCUUGCAGCUCGCAUGUGACGCUCCGGAGCCUCGGCCUCCCCUUCCCUCUUCUCGGUUGUAAAAAGAGUUUGGGGGUAGGGAGGGCAGGCAGGUAAACUUUCCUCUGGCCUCUGUGGUUGAUACACCACUUGUAUUACAGGGGUGACGGACGAUGUGAAAAGGUUGAAGGGGUGGAGAGGAAAGGAAGGGAGGUGGGGAGGCUAAGUGACGCCUCUAGUUGCCUAGUUCACGCUGUACCUGCAGUUCCAGUGCUGGGAGCUCAGCUGUGGGCAGCAGCCUUUCGCAUGCGGCCUUUUUUCUGUGCCCUGCCUGGUGGGGUCAGUGCAGAGGGCUGGGUGACUCUUCCUGAGAGGGCUUUUAGGAGAAGGGCAGAGAGAGCCAGCCCUCCCUUCUCCUGGGCUGCGCUGCUCAGCAAGAAAGUAGCACGUUUCCGUUGCUGGGAUCUUCCACCUUUCUUGGUCCAAGCUCAGUUGCAAGGACCGCUUCAGUUUGUUAGUGUUGAUUGACUGCCCUGACCUCCCCUGCUCUCCCUCUUUCUAGAGUGUAGAAAGGGAAAAGCCAUGGGGCUGCACAGCUCCAAAAAGCACUUUGGCAUUGCUGCUUUUGCAGUCGCUGGCUGUCAUACCCUGCAAGGGUCCUGGGCGAGCCUGCCUGUCCCUGCCAGCAGCACGAGGAGGAGUAGCAAGCGCUGUGCCACUACUGGAGAACGUGGCAAGGAGGGUCUCCUUGACCUGCUCCCGACCAAGAGCCUGCUUCCUGAGGGACCCAGCUCUCCUGACAAGACUCCCUCCCAGCCCCUGGGCCCCUUUGCACUGCUUGGGCUGUUAGCAUCCCUCCAGGGGCAUCAGGCAAAGGGCCCUCCUGGCAGUUCGAACACUAUAGGUUGAGAGAAUACUACUAAUAACCUGCAGUUUGAGAAGUGUUACCCUUGCCAACAGGAGCCCAUGCUGCCAGGAGCUUGGUGGCUGAUUUGCUGGGGGGAACCAGAGCAAGCCAGGAGCAUCCAUCCUGGCCUGCAGGCUGGGCUCUACAGGGAGGGGAAGGUCAGCAGUGGGUAAAGGAGGAGUGCAUUUUUCCCCUCUUGCGGGAGUCCUGUUUUACCCCUUUACUCUUUCUUUACCUCUUCUGUAUUUUUAAGGUUUUGCACAGUUCUUGUAAACAUCACUUACAAAUAAAUUUCCCCUAGCAAGGUUGAUGCAGCCUCAGGUGUUUUCCUCUGCAGGAAUUUGCUGGCUUCUCAUGACCGAGAGACCUGUUACAUGCCAGUUAGAUGCCUUGGAGAUUGAAGGUGUGCUCACUGGGUUGCCCAUCAGCCUUUUGCUCUCUGUCUUUGGAGACAUUAAGAUGUUAAACAUCCAUCUGUGGGGAUACUCAAGCCCUUGCUGGAUGUGGUCCUGGAUGACCUGCUGUAGCUGACCUUGUGAGAGCAGGUUGGACAAGAUGAUUCCCCGAGGUCCCUGCCAGCCUCAGCUCUUCUGUGCUGUUGGCUGUCCCUUGUGUGAGGUAGGAAUAUUGUGAUGAGCGGUAAUUAGUGAGCAGCAGCCAGUAAUGUGCUGCAUGUGCUGCACAGGUGAUGAGAACAAGGUUAAUAAAUGUUGUCCACAGCAAAUAUAGGCAGAUGAACCUUGAAGAAGGCUGGGCAGUACCUGCUUUGCUGGUUGGGGAUGCUCAUCUAAAAGGUGGAAAAGGACUUCUAUUUCAAGGAUGGUGAGGGGGGACGGGGACAAUUCAGUAAUAGGUCUGAUCCUGGGGCUCAGUCUUCUUCAUCUGCAGCUUUAAGUAGAUUAAAGCAGACCUUGCUCUGUGCUGCCCAAGGAAGAGGGACCGAUGGUUAUCUUCAUGCUGCCUCAAAGAUGUGGAACUUCCUACUGAGUUUUCUGUCUGUGUUUCUAUUUCCUUUUUUCUUGUUUUGUUUUGCCUUUUUUUUUUAAAAGCAGUUUGUUAAUAUUCAUUAAAAAUACUGUAUAGUUUAACUUGAUGUCAUACUGCAUCUUUUAAACAACAACAAAAAAGUGAUACCUUGUUUUUUUAAAGAUCUCUUUGGUUCUAGAUAGCUGGUUUUUGCUGUUUAAUAUGUAGCAAGUUCAAUGUAUGCUUUACUGUAGGAGUAAAAAUUACUCCAAGGAAGGCUAAUCCUGUCUUUACAGAAGGGCUUGGUGAUGACCAAGGGUGUGAGUAUGGACCAGGGCCAGCUGGGGAGCAUGACACCCAUCUGAGCCCCUGCUCUGAUCCUGCCCAGGGUCCACAUGGCUGCCACAAGUCCCACAGAGCCAGGGGUUCUGCAGCAGCCAGGAUCAGUGCUCAGAGCUGGAGGUUGCAGAGAAGCUCAUCUUUAGUAGGAGCAGGGUGUGAAAUGGAGGGUGCUGAAGCCCCCAGGGGCUUUUGUGGCUCUAUUUUUUUCCAGUGUAGCUGCUGGCUAGAGGAGGAGGUUGGAGGAAUUGUUGGCAUGGCCCCUGCGUGGCUGUGUCCUGUUCUCUUCCUUCCCCAGGUCCCCAGUGGCUGCCUGAGUGGCUGGACAGCCUCAGGUGCUUGGGGCAGAGGCGGGUGGCAGUGUGCCCCAGGCACAGCUCUGCACCAUGCGCUGGCCACCGAGCUGCUGGAUCACAUCCCCUUGGUAUCCCUGGGCACAGGGACUGUAGAGGAGUAUUUGUUUCCCUCAAGCUGCACAGCUGGGAAAGCCUUUGGUGUCCCAACAAGGAGCUCCAGCUCUGCUUAGGAUGUGGGGCCCCAUGCCUGGGAGAGAGGGGAUGCUGUAGGGAGCUUGGUGGGGACAGGCCCAGGUCCAGGUCAUCAGCCAGUACUUGCAGGCUGCUGCUUCCAGGUUCAAAAACACCUGGGUGCAGCAUUAAAGCAUCAUUAAGUAGGACUGGCUGUGGUUACUCUCUUGUUUGCUGCCCAAAUCCAGUACAAGCCCAUGUUGGCUUCUGCCGCCAGAUCUUGAUACUUGCAGGUGGAGGACCCAUGCGGAGCGGGCUGCUGAGUGGCCACCAAGAGCCUCAGGGGUGUUUUUAUAGGGAGGUUGUAUAGUUGGAAGCAGCAGGUAGAUCUCUGCUGCUGUGCCUUUGGGUCCUGUUUUGACCUGAGAGAUAAUGGAAUUGGCCAGAGGCACAUGGGUGUCGGGAGGGUGGUGCUGGGUGGGGAAGCAGGGGCUGUCUGGGGGCCCACCACCAAGGGCUCUGCUAACUGCUGAUGUUUCCUUUUCAAACCAAAGAGCAGUUGUGGCCAAAGCCUCUUGUGAGUAAAAGAUGUUCCUACUCUGUACAUGUGUUGCACUUUGCGUCUGACAUUUAUUUCAAGAGAAUUUCAAGCUUCUUCAUGCUGCCUCCGCUUGGCCUCUGGCAUCACUCACUGCCUCACAGCACCCAAGAGGGUCACGGUGCAGGAGCUAGUGUUACGUGUGUCUUCAAGAACUGGUGACCAGACCUGAGGAUGCUCUGUAGGACAGUGCAAGCACAGGAUGCUGCUGGGAAGGGUUCAGCUGGCCAGAGGCUGUGUGGAUGUUGUCCAGGAGAUAAGCCCUGCUCUCUAGGACUGCUGUUCUUCUGUCUUCUUGGGUCCAGGGAGAAAGUAGACUGUUAGCUGGGCUUUUUGUUGAUGUUCACUUCUUCUUAGCCUACCUACAGGAUGCCUUUAGCUAUGUCUCAGCCUCUUCCCCUCCACAGCUAUUUUGCUUGUACGUUUGUAAGAUAAGAUCUUCUUGGUUUCUUCACCCUUUGUUCAAUUCUUUAUUUGUAAGCAGCAGUUUGGUUUUCAUCCAUUUUUUUCCCAUUUUGAUUACGAGGUCUCUUCCCCCUUUCACACCCCAAAUUCACUUUGCCCUGCUCCAAAUUCCUCUCCCAGCCAAACCAUGAUGAUAAGGUCAGGUGUUGAGGGCACCAGUCUUGCUGGAAUGCAAUAGGUGCUUCUGGUCCUUCUCCCCAUGUGGCUGUCCAUCCCACUGGGCACAGGCUAUGCCUUUGGCUUAGCAGCUUGGCUUGGCCACAUCGUGCCCAUGGUGCAGCUCUGCUCUGGUGCGUGAGCCUGAGCCAGAGCAGGGCUGUAGGAAACAGGCGCUGGGGUGAGAGUGGCCAUUUCCAUGGUGGGUCCCUUUGCCACAUCUCCAGGGCUGGGCAUUAAGUCAGUGAAGGGCUGUCAGACGUUCCUGGGGAGAAGUCAUGGUACUGGGGGGGGUAAGGAGGUCGGACCACUCAGUUCCCUUGGGAAUGCCUGUGGAGCAGCUGUGGGCAUCAGGCAGGCAGUGGAGCUUAGUUGGCCAUGGCGUGGGCACCCCUAGGACCACAGGUAUCCCAGGUGGCCCUGACAGCUCUCUGGGGACCACGUGCCAUCUGUGCCAUCUGGGUGGGAAGAUGUGCACGCUCUGGUCUUGGGGCCCAUGCGAUGGAGUGGGGGGCGAGAGAGAAAGAGAAGGCGUCCUCUCACAGUGGUUUGGGACCACAUCUGGGUGCUCCAGCCUGGCUGUGCACUGUUAGGAGGGAGGAGAGCACUUUCUACACUUCCCUUGGGUAUUUACCAUCAAAUCAAGACUGCAGCCAGAGCCUGGCUAUUAGUAUGAAGUAAAAAACCCACUUGUUCAGUUUGACUGUUCCUCCCUUGGGUGGCAAAUACACCUGUGGAAAGUUCCUGCACACAUGAUGCUGAGAUGCAGUAACGGCCGCUGCAAGGGCCGGGGCCAGCAGCUGCCUCUGCUGCUUCCUGGGCAUGAAGAAGCUGCUGUCACAGCAUGCCUGGGGCGCUCAGUGGGAGAGCAGCACAGCAGGAGGGAGCUGGACCACGGGCUUAUCUCCAUAUCCUCUGGGCCAUGGAUCUGAGGGAUUCCAUGGCUGUGAGGUUUUCGGUUAUCCUGACCUGUGCUCAUGCUGCUGGCAGAGUUUCCCGGGGCCAUGGGGAGUUGCGGCCAAGGAUGCUGAGGUUUGUGUGGCUUGCAGUGCCUUUAACACUGCUCUCCGUGUGUUUCUAAGAUGAUAAUCCAUGUAUGUGUGUAUAUAUACUGUAUUAACACAUCCUGCUCUUCUGUGUGAGUGUCAAAUGGGUUUGCUUUACUAAUAAAUUUAUAGUUAUUUAUA